GCAAUACAAAACCAAAUCGAAAAUAAAGAGUUUGAAAUUUUCCGAUCAAUGGUUUUUUCUAGUGAAGGAGGAGACUACAUGGCGAGGACGGGACGUGAGAGACCCAAGACUCGUCACAAUUUCACCCUCCCGGAUUUGAAGUGGGGGUUUCAGCGAAGUCUCAGGUGCAUGAAGCUCCAAUCUAACGGCGGCUCAGUGGAGACGGAACGGUGGAGAUCAGAGGAAGGGAUCGAAGAGUAUGGAGAGAAGAUCAUCUCGGAUCUUAGAACAGAGGCGGAGAAGAUGAAGGCAUUAAUCUUCAGGGAACGGAUUGUAGAUUUCGAAGAUGAAGAUAAGAAGGAGAGGGAGAGGGAGGCUUCUCCGCCGGGAGUAGCGGCGGAGGUGAAGCCGUGGAAUUUACGGAAGAGAAGAGCAGCUUGCAAGGCUCCGGUUGCAGAAUCUGUAAACUGCGACGAAGUCGCGAAGUUCAUGUCGACGCUGUCGAAGAAAGAGAUGGAAGAUGAUUACAUGACGAUGAUGGGUCACCGACCACCUCGACGGCCCAAGAAACGUCUCAGAACCCUUCAGAAACAGAUCGAUUUGUUGCAUCCAGCUUUUUAUUUUACUCAAAUUACUGAAGAUAUCUACCAAGUUCCAGAUGCUGCAGAGUACAGAAAGAGGUGAUGAUGAUGAUGGAUGAUAAGUUCCAGUUUAAGUUUGCUGACUUGUGGAAUCUAUUGAAGUUUUGGAGUUUCACAACUUUGUCUCUUUAGCUAUUCUUUUGUUAGUUUAGUUUGGUUUAUUCGUGUUACAAAAUGGAUGAAAUAACAUGUAAGUAGGUUCUCAUGUAUUUAGAACAAUAUACUCUUUCUUUCAAUAUAUCAUCAAACUGAACAGCCAAUAGCAAUCAAUAAAAAGGAUGAACACUUUCACCAA